AUGAGCUGCAGACAGUUCACGUCUUACUGGAGCCGCAGCAGCAGCAGCGGUGGCGGUGGCGGAGGCAGCAAGGGCGGCCGGGGCAGCGGGGGCAGCAUGAGGUCCUCCUCCAGCCACUUCAGCUCCUCGGGGGGCAAUGGAGGGGGGGGCAGGUCCAGUUCUUCCAGUAGCUAUGGCGGGGGCAGCUCUGGGGCCUAUGGAGGAGGUGGUGGCAGUUUGGGCUCCAGUUACCGUGGAGGAUCUGGUGGUGGUUUCAGUGCUGGUAGCUUUAGCUGUGGUUCCAAACGCUUUGGUGGUGGUUCUGGAGGAUUUGGCAGCUCUGGCAGCUCUUGGAGAGGCUAUGGUGGUUCCGGAGGAGGCUUUAGUGGGUCUAGCAGCUUUGGUGGGUCUGGGGGCUUUGGUGGGUCUGGAGGCUUUGGUGGGUCUGGGGGCUCUGGUGGGUCUGGGGGCUAUGGAGGAGGGUAUGGUGGGUCUGGAGGCUUUGGUGGACCCGGGAGUGGCGAAGGGGGCAUUCUUAAUACUGACGAGAAGGUCGCCAUGCAGAGCCUUAAUUUCCGGCUGGCCCAGUAUAUGGAUAAGGUGCAUUCACUAGAGAAUGCCAACGCUGACCUGGAGCAGAAGAUCCGGGAGUGGUACGACAGACACGACCCCCAAAAGUCACAAAAGGACUAUUCUCACUAUUAUGACACUAUUAAUGAUCUCCACAACCAGAUUGUAAACGCCACAGUGACCAACAACAAAAUUCUCCUGGACAUGGACAAUACUCGCAUGACCAUGGAAGACUUCAGGAUGAAGUAUGACAUGGAGCAGAACCUGAAGCAAGCAGUGGAGGCUGACAUCAAUGGCCUGCGCACGGUGCUGGAUAACAUGACCAUGAAGAAGUCUGACCUGGAGAUGGAAAAGGAGACUCUGAUGGAAGAGAAGAUGGCCCUCAAUAAGAAUCACCAAGAGGAGAUGAGCCAGUUGACUGGGCAGAACUCUGGGGAUGUCAAUGUGGAGAUGAAUGCGGCUCCUGGCCAAGAUCUCACCAAGAUCCUUAAUGACAUGCGCCAGGAAUAUGAAGAGAUUAUUGCUAAGAACCGUAAGGACAUUGAAGAUCAAUAUGAGAGUCAGAUGACCCAGAUUGAGCAGGAAGUGACAGUCAGUAGCCAGCAGAUGGAGUCCAACAUCAAGGAAGUGACCCAGCUCCGGCACAAUGUCCAAGAGUUGGAGAUCGAGCUGCAAUCUCAGUGCAGCUUGAAAUCUGCCCUGGAGAACGCCUUAGAAGAGACCAACAACCGCUACGGUGGCAUGCUGCAGCAGAUCCAGGGCCAGAUCAGCAGUCUGGAGAGUCAAAUCUCAGAGAUCCGGGCAGAGACUGAGUGCCAAAACCAGGAAUACAGCCUUCUGCUCAGAAUCAAGACCCGGCUGGAGCAGGAAAUCGAGACCUACCACAGUCUCCUUGAGUCUGGACGGGAGGACUUUGAAUCUUCUGGAGCUGGAAAUAUUGGCUUUGGAGGUGGCAGUUCAAGAGGAGGUGGAAGUAGAGGAGGAAGUGGGUCUCGAGGUGGAAGUGGAAACAGUCAUGGUGGAGGCCAUAGUGGAAGCAGCUAUGGAGGAGGAAGUGGAUCAGGCGGUCAAAGUGGAGGCAGCUAUGGGGGCAAAAGUGGGUCUGGAGGAGCAAGUGGUGGCAGCUACGGGGGCGGAAGUGGAUCCGGUGGUCACAGCGGAGGCAGCUAUGGGGGCGGAAGUGGCUCAGGUGGUCACAGCGGAGGCAGCUACGGGGGCGGAAGUGGAUCCGGUGGUCACAGCGGAGGCAGCUAUGGGGGCAAAAGUGGGUCUGGAGGAGCAAGUGGUGGCAGCUACGGGGGCGGAAGUGGAUCCGGUGGUCACAGCGGAGGCAGCUACGGGGGCGGAACUACGGGGGCGGAAGUGGAUCCGGUGGUCACAGCGGAGGCAGCUACGGGGGCGGAAGUGGAUCCAAAGGAGGGAGUGGAAGUGGCUACGGAGGAUCAAGUGGAUCUGGAGGAGCAAGUGGAAGUGGAAGCCACUCUCAGUCCCAGUCUUCUUCAAAAUCUGAUGACUGUUAUGCACAAGAGUCUAUAG